AUGCAAAUCUUCUUCUUCUCCUUAUCUUUGAUUCUCUGUUUUGUCCUCAUCUUCUCUGAGACUCUUGAAGACGACAAGAAAGCUUUGCUUGAUUUCUUGUCGAACUUCAAUCUAUCUCUUCACCGUUGGAACCAGAGCUCUCCGGUUUGUCAUCUCUGGACCGGAGUUACCUGCAGCGAAAACCGAGAUCGAAUCGUAUCCCUUAGAUUGCCUGGGGUUGGAUUCAACGGUUCGAUUCCACUUUUCACCAUCAGUCGUCUCUCGGCUCUGAAGAUUCUAAGCCUUCGAAAGAACCAAUUCACCGGAGAGUUCCCUUGUGAUUUCAUCAAUCUCAAGAACCUGACUCAUCUCUAUCUUCAACAUAACCGCUUCUCGGGUCCAUUACCAGCGAUCCUCUCGGAGUUGAAGAGUCUCAAGGUUCUUGAUCUUUCUAACAAUGGAUUCAACGGAAGCAUCCCAAACUCUCUUUCAGGUUUGACCAGCCUUAGAGUCUUGAAUCUUGCAAACAAUUCAUUCUCAGGGGAAAUUCCUGAUCUUGAUCUGCCAAGCCUGAGACAAAUCAACUUGUCUAACAAUCGGCUCAUCGGUACAAUACCGAAAUCUCUUCAAAGAUUCCAAAGUUCAGCCUUUUCUGGUAACAACAUAACUCAAGAGAAGGAGAAACAACACAAGACUCCUUUCGGGUUAAGCCAGCUUGCUUUCUUGCUGAUUCUAGCUGCAGCUUGCAUUUUGGGUGUUUCCGGGCUUUCCUGUAUGAUGAUCACUUGUUUCGGGAAGACAAGAAUCUCCGGGAAGUUAAGAAAGAGAGACUCUUCAUCUUCUCCUCCGGGAAACUGGACAUCAAGAGACGAUCACACUGAAGAAGGCGGGAAGAUCAUCUUCUUCGGAGGAAGAAACCAUUCGUUUGAUUUAGAUGAUUUGCUAAGCUCAUCUGCAGAAGUUUUGGGGAAGGGUGCUUUUGGCACAACCUAUAAGGUAACAAUGGAAGACAUGAGCACGGUUGUAGUGAAGCGAUUGAAGGAAGUCGUCGUGGGAAGACGAGAGUUUGAGCAACAAAUGGAGAUCAUUGGCAUGAUCAGACAUGACAACGUAGCUGACCUAAAGGCUUACUACUAUUCCAAGGACGAUAAGCUCGCUGUUUAUAGCUAUUACAGUCAAGGAAGCCUCUUCGAGAUGCUUCACGGAAACAGAGGAAUGUAUGAUCGAGUACCUUUAGAUUGGGACGCUAGGUUGAGAAUAGCAACAGGAGCAGCGAGAGGGCUGGCUAAAAUCCAUGAAGGUAACAACGGGAGAUUCAUCCACGGGAACAUCAAAUCCUCAAACAUCUUCUUAGACUCACAAAGCUAUGGCUGCAUCGGCGAUCUUGGCUUAACAACCAUCAUGAGGUCUCUUCCUCAAAACACUUGUCUUACUUCGGGUUACCACGCACCUGAAAUAACAGACACAAGAAGAAGCUCGCAGUUUUCAGAUGUAUACAGCUUCGGUGUGGUUUUACUCGAGCUGCUUACAGGGAAAUCUCCGGCGAGUCCAGCUCCGGGGGUUUCAGAGACGACGCCACAGGGAGAAAACAUGGAUUUGGCUAGCUGGAUAAGGUCUGUGGUGGUAAAAGAGUGGACAGGGGAAGUUUUCGAUAUGGAGAUUUUGAGCCAAUCGGGUGGUGUGGAGGAAGAAAUGGUUGAGAUGUUGCAGAUAGGAUUGGCUUGUGUUGCUCUGAAGCAACAAGAACGACCUCAUAUAGCUCAAGUUGUGAAAAUGAUUGAAGAUAUUCGAUCGAUUGAUGCAGAGUGAGAAAAACACAAAGUAGCAUUCAUCUAA